UUCUGCACAGACAGGCGGGCUGAGAGCGGCGGCACAUUGCAACAUCGCAAGGCGCUGCGUAAAGACAAACACCGUCGCACUGGAAUGAGCUGCGACGGGGAUCCCCUCCAAGACUUUCCCUCCGGGCUCGGCACGCUGGAAACGUGACAAGAAAAAGGCUCCAGCAGCAUUCGGACAUCAGAUCUGCUUUCUAAAAAAAAACAAAAAACAAAAACAAAAACAAACAAACAACAGGAUCAGCUCUCUCUGCAGACCCCUGUCCUGGAGUACACUCCCAUGACAUAGGCCUACCGUGCAUAUCUGUCCAUCACUAGGCCGAGGAGAGAGAAGCGCGAAAAAAGACAAAAGAGGGGGAAAGGACGAAGGGAGGUAGAGAGUAAAAGCAAGCGCCCAGGGACAGAGGGAGAGCAGGGGUGGGGAGGAUGGACGCCCUGAUUCCUGUGCUGAAGAGUCACCCAGGCCUGGCAGUACUGGUGUGCUCUCUGCUUUUCAGGGUGGUCCACCAGUUGCUGCAAAGGCUGCCUGUGCCCAAGGUGGUGAAGCAGAAUGACCUCCAUUCCUGGAAGUGGAGGAACCUCUCCGUCUCAAUGGUGCAUUCCCUGCUGACUGGGGCAUGGGCCCUGACCUGUGUGGUGGUUUGGCCUGAGACGUUGAACAACAUCCACUCUUACCACACCCCUCUGUCCUACCUGCUCGUCUGUGUCUCAACAGGAUACUUUGUGCAAGAUGCAGGAGAUAUUAUCCUGACAGGACAUGCAAGAGGGUCAUGGGAGUUCCUAGUCCAUCAUGCACUGGUGAUCUGGUGUUUCCUCUACUCCCUCUACACUCAGCUGUAUGUAGCCGGCGCUGUAGUGGCUCUCUUUGUAGAGGUCAACAGCGUCACCCUGCAUCUGAGGCUGCUGCUGAAGCUGGCGGGCGCUCAGUCCUCCUACAUGUACUUCAUCAACAAAUUCGCCAACCUCUUCACCUACGUCACGUUUCGUCUGUGCACACAGUUCUACCUCACCUGGUACAUCGUCCAAAACUACUCCUGGCUGGACCACGGUGGAUACUUUCUCGCCUCCAUGAUAGUGAUGAAUAUUAUGAUCCUGAUUUAUUUCUACCGCCUGCUCCGUGCUGACUUCUUCUGGAGUAAAAAGAGCUCUGUGGGACAGAACAACAACUCCAGAAAGUUUCUCAGUGAUUGACUGAGGAAGGUUUAUAGGACUGCUUUAUGUUUUUUUUUCAGGGUGGGAGGUUACACAUUUUGUCUUUCUCAAACCGUAACUGACCCUACUCCUUGUGACGACAGGUUCCCUAUGUUGUGUCUCACUGCCAAAGAUCAAAUCCCCCCAAAACAACUUUUGGUGGAACAAGUUGUAGCCUUGUUCGGGAACUGUGUUCCAGACAUGUUACAAAGUCUGAAAUUUGGCUUUUUCACAGGGAGAAAUACAAUGCAACACUGCUUUAAUUGAAGCCAAAAUUCUGUGUUAAACCCGAUAUUUCUCAAACCCUGAAAGAUGUUACCAUUUUUAGCAUUUACAAUUCAUUUUUAGUAGGCUAUCCUGUAACCUUAAAGGGAUAGAUCAACAUUUUGGGAAAUACACUUGGGGAGUCGUCAUGUCUAUACAGUAAAAAUAAACCUACAGCUAGCAGCCUCUUAGCUUAGCAUUUUUUUAUACACUGAGGGUAAAGGAACAUGUAAACUAAUGAGCUUUAGAGGAGCUGGUAGGUGGAUUUUGAUACCUUUGGACAGAACCACGCUAACUGUUUCUGACUGUUUCUAAUGCAAAUGUAUGCUAAGCUAAGCUAUACAUACUUAAAGUACAGACAUAGAAGUGGUAUCAGUCUUUUCAUUUAACUCUCAGCAACAAAGCAUAUAAGCAUAUUUUCCAGAAUUUGGAAGUAUUAGCCUUCUACUAAUAUCUGGAGACUAUACAGCCAGCAGACAAUUAGCUUAGCUUAGCAUAAAGACUGGAAACCAGGGAAUACAGCAAAGGUAACAGAAAUGCACCUUCAGUUUGUACAGCUGUAGUGCUGUAAGUAUAUUGUGAGCCAGGCUAGCUGUUUCCUCUUGUUUUUACAGUCUUUUUUGCUAAGAUAAGCUAGCCAGCUGCUGGUGGUAGCUUUAGUGUACAGAUACGAGAGUAGAAAUCAAUCUUCCCAAUAAGCUUAUUUCCCCAGAAAUUGUCUCUCGAUUAGUCAAAAAACAAACCUGUGUGAUAACAUUUUAAUUGUGAUAUUGCAGUUGCUGACACUAAACCUAAACCUAAACAUAUGUUGUUAUAUCUUAAACAUCUGUGUGGGGAGCAGUGUUCUCAUGUAGACCCCUCCCUGAGUGUAUGAACAACCUUCCAGCUGGGAUUUUCCGACUCUGGACUUUGAAUUUUAGCAGCAACUGACGCACACUUUAAUAGUUUGUGUACAUGCUGUACAGUACGUCUUCUCUUUCCGUCUCUAUGAUGCCAUUUGUGGCUGAAGAGACACUGAGCUGUGACUGAACUGGUACAUAACACACAAUGUUGUCAAUUUAACUGUUAACACACAAGAACGCAGGACAAUAUAUGGUUCAUGUGUGAAAUCUGUUGGUAUUUAACACAAGUGAGGCUGAAGCUGGAUCUUCCUGCCAUCUAACAGUCUGACACUUGAGCUCAUCAGGAAGUGGGCCCACAUGAGAAAUCCUUCAAAAUAAGAGCAGGCAGUAGCACAAUCAGUACUGAUGUUGCAUCAUGUGUAGUUAGACUUAAUGUGGAGUAAUAAUACAAGAGUAUCCCCAUUGUGUAGGCUUUUUUUUGCUUGUGUGCAUUAGGAUAUUGAAUGACAACCUUUAGAUGAAGGUGUGUUUCCUCGUCCUCCUCUUUCCUCAGAAAUGGGCAUAUAGCAUUUUGUAAAUAAUGUCCUGAAAUGUGCAUUCCUUUUUUGAUAUAUUUCAAAUAGUAAUACAAGUAAACACCGUUAGUGGACUUUAAAUGCUUCCUAAUCUAAUCAUUCCAUGAAUCACAAGUGCUGAGUGUCAUUGUGAAAAAAACAACUAAUGAUCAGUACAUUUCACUUUCUAUUCUACGCCAAGAAAGUCCAAACAGACAUGGGCAGGAGUUUAGAUGUGUCUGACCUGUGCUUCAGUGCCUUUACCUCAGUGCCUUUUAAAAAAAAGAAAAGAGCCUAACAACAAAGCACAGAUAUAGAUAAUAAGGAAGUAUAGAUAUAGUGCAGAAUGACAUAUGUAUACUUUUGUAAAAGCUGGGCCAAAUAGAGAGAUUUUUGAGACAAACAUUGUAAAUCAAUUCCACCAUUUAACCACGAUAGUGUGUCUUGUGCUGAAGUGACAACUGUUUUUUUAGGAGCCCCGUAUUUUGGAUGGUUGAGUGAUACCAUGAAUUAAAAGAGUAUUUCAAAUCA